AUGCGCUACCAAAAUUGGGAUGUCCUGCUCUUUCCAACAGGUAGCAAGAUCCCGUUGCAGGAAUUCAGAACAGAUUGCCAUGUGAUUCAAGAUCCUAAACCCCACAGUUCGCAGGUUAAUCCACAUCUGGUCCCAAUCGUUACAUGUUUUAUCCCCGGCCUCCCUGCGGAUACUGCAUUCUACGUCUCCGUCCACUCCUGGGAGAGGCCGCAAAUUAGUCGAUAUCUGAGAAAUAUUACCCACGCUUCCGAUAUUGUCAGGUUUGAAGCUCGAGCUUUCAUCGAUGGAACACUUGUUGGCUCACAAUUGUUUGCUCAAAACGUCAGUUGGCCAACAAUCAUUGAUCUCAGCAUGGAUGUCGACAAAAAUGGCGAAUUCCUGAAGCUAAAAUUUCCUACAUUCCAUAAAGAACUUUUGUCACAGAGUUAUUGGAACGCUGGGGAUGAUCUCGGUCGCAUGAAAGUCAUCAUCGCCGAGGGCUUUUAUCGAGAUAAUAUGAUCCAUCCAUUUGAGCGUGUCAAGAACCUCGUUUGUUUUUCCUUUCAGCAUGCUCCACUGGACGUGCUCGAAGCUUCGUCAAUUGCAUGGCCCAACACAGCCAUGUGGCGCCAGGUCUCCCUUUUGGGACCUUACUGGGCACAGAAUCCCUCCUCACGGCGUACAAAUGAUGGAGUCGAGAGCCACACUCAUUCCCCACACCAUAAAUCUCACAGCUCCCAUCCAUUCGACCCCUUUAUUGAUGCUGGACGGCCUCAAUCUCUCCGAUGGCGCCAAUCUUCCGCAGCUGAUGUCUCCAUGCCGGAUUAUAGCAAUUCGAACACUCGCACAAAUAGCAGCCGACAUGUUACAGAUCCCAUGAGCAUAUCUGGGAUGAGCGAUCAUCGGCUCGAAGCCCUACCUUUUCCUGGUGCUUACGACACGAUUUGUGAGGCUCUCAUGCCCUCUGCUCCUGUCAACACCCCACAAAACGAAGGAACUCCUGUGAAACCGCUGCCGGGAAUGGCCAUGGUUGCAAUUCCUUCGGCCCAAAAAAUUGUGCCCGAAGCCGAAUCAGCCGUAAUCUCGGCGUCGAAGCAUGCCAAUCCAACCGCUGGGCCGGAUAGCAGCCCGUUAAUUGCCGUCAGGUCGUCGGACACUGGUGGUAUCAAGAGUAGGAAGGAGAACAUGCAAGAGAGCCCCCGCGGAACUAAAGCAGAUCUUCACGCCAGCGAAGGGGUAUCUCGCAAACUAUCUCUACCAGUCCUUUCCGAGAAGGUAUCUGAGACCCCUCGCGGAUCCGAAGUAGAUCUUACCGGUAGUGAAGGGAGAGUUCGCAAGGCUUCUCAGUCGUACCGCGCUUCAACUAGCGGUGGCAAGAAACGACAGAGAGUUGUUUCAUCGGCGGCUUCCAAGGUCACCGAUGACGAGGAUGAGCCUAGGAGCUCUCCAUCUCUUCGGAAAGUUUCAGGGCUGAGUCUCAAGCAGGGCACUAAGAAUGGCGAAAGACAGGUAUUGACCGGGAUCGAGAAUAUUUAA